AUGCGUCACCCGUCUCCCCAAAGGGUAUUGAGAUCGACAUCGACAUCGACACCCCAGAAGAGAGUUCGACAGGCUUCCCCAUCGCCGGUUCGCCAGAAGAGCUUCAGGAAGGAGGUUCAACGGCCUCUGUCGCCGUCGCCAAGUAGACGGUCAAGCGGAGAGAAAUGCCGGGUUGCAACCGGUCUUAUCACAGGAGCGUCAGUGAAGACUGUUGGUCAUAAAAGCCGAUCGCCGGCCAAGGGUUGUGAGAUGAGGAAGGAAAAAAUUACUUGCAUUCAUAGGAUCAGUUCAAAAAUUGAUGAAGCUGCGGCGAGAGAGGCGGUGUUGAAUGAGGGAGAUUUAGAUUCGGCGGCGGCGAUGGAGGAUAUUGAUAAUCCGUUAAUCUCGUUGGAUUGCUUUAUAUUUCUAUAG